GGGCGGAUCUAUGUAUAUCCCAGGGUGUUCAUCCGAACCCCCUCAGUCGAAAAAUUACACUGUUUAUAUAAGGCCAAAUUUUUAUUUUAUGUGUAUAUAUUUAAUAUUGAACCCCCUCAAAACAAACGAAAGGUGCAGCUCAGUGGCGCAGGGGGUUCAAAGUUGCCCGUUACACGCGGGUUCGAACCCCAGCAGCCCCACUUGCAAUAUUUUCCUGAACAUUUUAUUUCAGCUGUUCAUUAGACAAAACGACGUAGUUUAGUAACGUUAUAUUUAAUUAAAAUAAAUGGACAAAACGACAUAGUUUUGUAGGGGACAAAUCUAAUUGGAUUAAUUGGAUUCAAAUCAACAAACCAAAUGUUUUCUUUCUCUUCUCUUCCGUCAAAGUCACCUCACCUAACACCUUUCUUUCUUUUUUUUUUUUUUGCUCAGUUUUUUUUGCUGAUUUGUUUGCCUCCGCCACUGCUCUCUGGUCUCCGUUCAUGGCUUCUUCGUCUCAACGUUCAGUGAAGAACUAUUUUACGAAAGUACCGAAAUCAAGUGUAGCUUCUUCUAGUCAACCUAACCAGGAAGCAAAUGCCAACCAUUCAGAAGUACCAUUACCUUAUUCUCCAAUGAUUCAAAAAGAUAUUGUGAGUGCUUGUAAGAUAGAAACAAUUAAAGCUAUUCUUGAGGAAUUAAAUGGUGACUACUUUUCUUUACUAGUUGAUGAGUCUUUUGAUGUGUCACGCAAGGAGCAAAUGGCUAUUGUCUUACGAUAUAUUGAUAGAAAUGGAUUUGUGAUGGAGCGGCUUCUUGACAUUGUUCAUGUUCUAGAUACUAGUGCUUUAUCUCUAAAGAGGGCAAUUAUUAAUUUACUUGCUCAACAUUCCUUAAGUCUAUCAUAUGUGCGUGGAUAAUGUUACGAUGGGGCAAGCAAUAUGCAAGGUGAGAUCAAUGGCCUUAAAAUGUUGAUUAGGCAAGAAAGUAGAUCAGCCCAUUCCAUUCAUUGUUUUGCUCAUCAACUUCAACUAACUCUUGUUGCGGUCUCAAAAAAAUGUAUUGAAGUGGGAAAACUUGUAGUGUUGGUUUCAAAUAUUUUGAAUGUAUUGGGAUCUUCUUUUAAGCGUAUGGAUGAAUUUCGAGAUUCUCAAAAAGAAAGAAUUCAAGAGGCACUAGAUUUGGGUGAGCUUACAACCGGUAGUGGCUUGAAUCAAGAACUUGAUCUUUCAAGAGCUUGUGAUACGCGUUGUGGAUCUUAUUUUAAAUCUUUCAACAAUUUUAUUCUUAUGUUUGGCUCUAUUCUUAAUGUUCUUGAAUCACUUGUUCUUGAUGCACGAUUAUUGGAUGAAAGAGCCAAGGCAAUGGGAUAUCUUGAAGCUUGUCGAACAUAUGAGGUUGCGUUCAUGUUGCAUUUGAUGAGUGAUGUUUUAGCAAUCACAAAUGAGCUUAAUAAAUGCUUACAAAAAAAGGAGCAAGAUUUGGCAAAUGCCAUGUUACUUGUUGAAGUAGCAAAAAUAAGGUUGCAAGCAUAUAGGGAUGAAGAAUGGGAUUCUCUUAUUGCUAGGGUGUCUUUGUUUUGUAUCAAGCAUAAAAUUUUGGUACCUAACUUUGUGGAGCCAUAUGUUAGCUCUUUAAGAUCACGAAGGAGACUUGGUGACAAUAAAGUCUCUCAUCAUUAUCGUGUUGAGGUAUUUUGCAAUAUUAUUGAUUGGCAACUUUAAGAACUUAAAGAUCGUUUUGGCGAAGCGACGACUGAUUUGCUUCAUGGAAUUUCUUGUUUGAAUCCAAUUGACUUGUUUUCAAGUUUUGAUAUCAAGAAAAUAUUGAAAAUGGCUAAAUUAUAUCCUGAUGACUUUAAUGAAUUCAAUAUGGGUUCUCUUGAGAAUCAACUUGCAAGUUACAUUAUUGAUGUUCGUGAUGUUGAUGAAAGGUUCUACAAUCUAAAAGGGCUUUGUGAUCUUUCAAAAAAAUUAGUUCAGACAAAGAAGCAUUCAAAUUAUCCUCUUGUAUUCCGCUUAGUGAAACUUGCUUUGCUUCUGCCGGUUGCCACUGCAUCCGUUGAAAGAGCUUUUUCAGCAAUGAAGUUUAUCAAGAAUGACUUGCGGAGUCAAAUGAGUGAUGAUUUUUUUAGCGGUUGUUUGGUGCCUUAUCUAGAAAAAGAUGUAUUUGAUAAUGUUUCUAAUGAUGCUAUUAUUAAGACAUUUCAAGAUAUGAAACCUCGUAGAGUACAAUUGUAGAACUCCAUGGUCUUGCUUGUGUAGUCUAACUUAGUUUCUUUGUUUUUGCUUCAAAAGCUCCCAAGCUUUUACUUUUGUAAUAUGGCAUCUUCAAGUUGCCUUUCUUAAUGGAAACUUCUUACUUUAUUA